CUUCCCAAUUAUCCACAAGGCGUCUCGGGCCGACUUGCAUACACCUACUACAGUCUUGGGUUAGAGGUCGGAACCAAGGGAACCUCAACCGUUAUGUUUGUCUCACCUGUCAUCCAAUCGUUUAUCAAACAAAGUAAAGGGUUGACCAACAAUGGGGUUGGGCCAAGAGACGUGUUGGGCCAAUUUACCAAUCCACCGGUAUCGCCAGUCCUGAUUCGCACGUCCUUGAGCCCUUAACUUGUCGAUAGCUUUAAAUACGUCAAGUCGAGGGGUCCUCCACUUUCCCUACAGGUCGAAGUAACCUAUCUUCACCAAGGUUCCCAAAGGUCCGACAUCUCUGCAAAGCUCGGUUCACAAUGUCGGCCCCCGAAGGCUACAUUCCAGGAUUUGUCUGCACUCUGGACACAUGCUCCGUUGAACAAUGGGGCUUUGUCCGCUACCGACCGAGUGUUGCCGGAAAUGUUCUCUUCCUGGUGAUUAUGGCUCUUCUCGCAUGCGGUCAGAUCUUUCUGGGCAUAAAGCACAAAACGAGGGGCUUCAUGAUCGCUAUCUGCCUUGGCUUGUUGACGGAGACCGUUGGAUACAUCGCUAGGGUCCUCUUAAAUGGAAACCCCUUCAGCAGAGACUACUUCUUGUGGUACCUCAUUACUCUGACGAUCGGUCCCGUCUUCAUUGCGGCAGCCAUCUAUCUGACUCUCGGGCGUAUCGUCGUGAUCAACGGGGAGGCCAUUAGUCGAAUCAAGCCUCGUUCGUACACGACGUUUUUCUUGGGAUGCGAUAUUGUCAGUCUUGUCGUUCAGGCUGUCGGUGGAGGGAUUGCUGCGUCUACGCCUUUGGAUAACCCGCACAUGAUCGAUGUGGGAACAAACAUUCUUGUCGCUGGCUUGUCAAUUCAGGUUGCUUGCCUAUUUGCAUUCACUGCCUGCAGCCUUGAAUUUCUCUGGCGCGUGAAGAAGAAUCCAGAAAUGCGAAAUCCAGAAUUCACCGAUCUGGUCAACAGCAAAAGAUACAAGUUGUUCUUGUUCGCGCUAUUCGGCGCAACAGCUUUCUUGUUUAUACGAACUGUCUUCCGUUCUGUCGAGCUCAGCGAGGGUUUUGGUGGAAAGCUUGCCAACCAAGAGGUUGAAUUCAUGAUUCUAGAUGGAACCAUGAUUAUACUAGCAUGCUCGUGCUUGACUAUCUUCCAUCCUGGCUAUGGCUUCGGAAAAAGAUGGAACGAGGCUAAGUUCCGAUUCCGUACUUCUAAGUCAAAGAUCAACCAGGAGGGAACUCCACAGACUAUCACUCCAGGUGGUAGCGAAAAGGCUGUACCAGAGACGUCUGGAGAGAGGUUUUAAGCCUACACGUUUGGUUUGGGAAAUCGCACCGUUUUCGGAUUGUAAGAGAGUUUUCACGAGAUCCGCAUGGAGGUUCAAGCAUUCCACACGGACGAUGUAGAUACUGCUUGGAAUACACUGCUGAAAAACAAACAACGUACAAGGACUAGUCACAUCUAGUAGACUAGCAUUUUAUGCCUCCCCUUCAAUGAUGCAACAAUGUAUAGAGCCUCAG